CUAUUAUUGGAAACCAGGAGGCUGAAGGAGGGAGUUUACUGAAGCUACCAUUACAGUUAUCAUCAUUUUUAGUAUCUAUUUUCUAUAGGGUACCAUUUUCUUUUCAGUAUCAUUGUCAUUAUAAACAUAUAUUGGUUUUUAGUUAUCAACACCAUUUUCACAAGUUUAUUUUCCUGUCAAAGAACUUAAUGGUAGCUUCCCUUCUCUUCCUACACAUUUAUAUUGAUUUGGUUCACAUGUUGCAGUGUGUUAUAUGUUCCCAUCUCAGCCCUGCCAGCCUGUGUGCCCCCUCAGUGUCAGACAGGCAGGCAGGGGGAGGGGGAGAGACACUUCAGCACUCACAGAUGGCUCCUCCCAACUCUUGCUCUUCAUGUUGAAUUCACCAUGUCUUACUGUACUGAUGUGUUGUGACUUGCCAGUGAGUUGUGUUCCCUAACUCUGUCACUGCUGUAGUUGUGUCUAACAUUCGGAGCAUUGUGAACUGUUUGUGUGUACUGGAAGGAAAGAAAAGAGGGAACAGAUGAUGUAUUUUUUGUCUUCUCUAGGUUGGAUAGGUAUUUAAGAGACUUUAGUGGAAGUAUAAGUGUAUAGAAGUUGUAGGUAAUCAUGGGUAAAUUAUUCACCUGUAAAAGGCUUGAGAGCCAUUCAUAAAAUUUAGAUCUUGUAGAUUGUGACUUUUUAAAAUUUGUAUUUUCUUUUUUUUUUUCCAUUUGAUUUAUUCCAUAUGUUUGAGGAUAAACUUUCAAAGAUUUUAUUUAGAAAUGUGAAUUUUUGCAGUCAUGUAUCAUGGCAAAAGAUAGAGCUAUCAGUAACCUCAAAAUUUAUAAACUAAACAUUUAUAGCAUUUAUAGAUUGCAAUCCACUUGUACUCAUCAGGAACAUGAGAACAUAAGGGAAGCUGCAAGAAGCCAGUGGCCCUACACAUGGCACUCCCUGUUUUUCCUCUUACUUACGUUUUCCAUGUUUUGCAUCAAGUUUAAACGAGGUUCUCAGAUCCACCCAACCUUACCUUCCUCCCCCUCGUGUUCCCUGGUCCCGCCGAGGCCUGAGUGACACCAGCAUGACAGCCACCACCAAGCCUCCCUCCUCACCUCUCAGGAACACUCUUACCUUCGACCAGCCAGGCAGUAGUCGCAUUAAGUCCGAGAGCUUUGCCCUGGAGUUACGGUCUCCUAGCAUGGUGUCGUUUGAGUCCAACAGUGAUAGCUAUGAAGUGUGGAGUCCUCUGGGGUCAGUGUGUGGGGGCCGUGGCACGGUGUGGCUGGCGCGGCACAAACCCACCAACGUACAGGUGGCGCUCAAGAUUUACGAGCUGGACAAGUGUGAGGAUGAGUUUGAGCUGAUACAGCAAGAGAUCCGUACAGUGAGGCAGCUCCGCCACCGCAACAUCAUCCACUACCUGGCGUCAUUCCCGGUGUCACAGCAGCUGUGGGUGGUGAUGCCGCUGCUGGGCUUCACCUCCGCCUCGCGCCUGGUGGCCACGCACUUCAGCGAUGGCCUGCCAGAGCCUGCCCUUGCCCUGGUGAUCAAGGAGGUGCUACAGGGCCUCUCCUACCUCCACUCUAAGCGCAUCAUUCAUAGGGCAGUGCGGGGAAGCCACAUCCUCAUCGACAACUCAGGUCGUGUGGUGCUGAGUGGCCUGCGGCACAGCACCACCAUCCAUGAUAGCACCCACUGGAAGAAGACGGUGCACUGCUACCCCCUGGAGGCACGCUACAACCUCAACUGGGCCAGCCCGGAGCUCCUGGCACAGGACCUGCAUGGCUACAGUGAGAACAGUGAUGUGUACAGUGUGGGCAUCACAGUGUGUGAGUUGGGCAACGGUGAGGUGCCUUACCGAGACAUUCCCUCCACGCUCAUGCUGCUGGAGAAGCUGGAAGAUCGCGUCCCCUUCCUCUUUGAUGCCUCCACCGUGCACUCCACUGAGAAUGGACAAGGAAUGACAACAGACUCAGGUGUUGGUGGCAGUGUUGGCGGGAACCUGACCAGCCUUGCCAUCACGCAGCGUCUCUUCACUCCCUCCGCCCAUGAUUUUGUUUCCCGCGCGCUGGCUCGCUUCCCGGAUGAGAGGCCCUCGGCAAGCGACCUCCUCAGCCACCCCUUCGUCAGGCAGACCAGGAAGUUUAACAGUAAUCUCCCCCAGUACCUGCAUCCUGUUGUCCCCCUGAACCAGCAGACUGAUAUCGGUGAUGUAAUACCUGACCUCCUGGAGAAGACUCUGGAGGAAACAAGCCUGAAUGAUGAGGUAUCCUGGGACUUCUAAAAGCAGGGGAUCCACCAGCAGGAGCAUCAGCAUCAUCAUCAGCAGAAUUAGUAGCAGUGAAAGAAGAGUGACACUGGGAUAAGACAGUACUGCGGAUGUGUGUGUGUGUGUGUGUGGGAGACUCUAACACCCUUCUCUCCCUGACUUCCCCAGUAAGUCCCCCCUGGUGCUGUUAUGUAGAAGGUAGCAGUGGUGGUGGCGGGAGUAGUGGUGGUGGUUAUUGCGGAUUGUGGGAUG